GCGAGAGGAGCGAGAGAGAAAAUUAAAAAAAACUAAACAAAACAUAUACAGGAUCAGUGAAGGCAUUUGCCCAGCCUGACCUGUAUUGGCUGUUCAUUUUGUGUUCAUGAUUUGUUUUAUUUAUAAUAUUUAUUUUGCUCUGUGAGCAGUGUUUUUGUGUUUAAACUUUUUGUUUUAUUUUUUGUAUUUAAAAUAAAGAUGGUGCAAACGCCAUUGCACCCUACCUGCAGUAUUUGUUUCAGUUCCUGCUUCUGGCCUGACUUCACCACACACCCCAUCCUAUCAUAAUGCUCCAUUGCCAAUCCCCUGCAGCCUGAAACUCCAGCAUGCCUCUGUUUGUGAACAAGAAGAAGAUCGAGGAUUUCGAAACGAUUGAAGAAUUUUGGGCAAAAUAUGGAGACGAUUUGAGGGAUGCAGCAGAAAAAUUCAAACAGAUGAAACCAGAGACAGAAAAAUUGAAGUUACUUUACGUCUCUCAAAGGGAGUAUGCAACAAUUGAUUGGGGCACAGAUCAUAUCAAUGCGAUUGGAAGUGAUGAGGCGACAACCUGCCAUGUGAUUGUUCUCCGUUUCCAAGGCACUAGCAUUGUCAGCCUCGGUCACAUUGAUGGCAGCAAAGUUGGCGUUGGUGUGAAAGGCAUGCUCAAUGAAAUGAAGGCUGCUCUUUGCAAAGGCAGCGUGGACAAGAGUAUCCAGUACCCCAGUGUGGAUUUGUACAUGGCAGGGGGAUUCUGUGAUAACAAAAGGACUUCUCAAAGCAACACCAUGAAGCUGCUUCAGUUCUUUAUGAAGCAGGAAAUCAACAUUCACAUUCAGUUGGCUUGCGUGAGCUAA